ACCACCUCGUACUCAUUUUGGUGGGUAGUACUUAAGCGCGCAGGGGCAAGCGUUCAGUGUUCGUUGUUUGCGGAUAUACAGAAUAUGCAGAAGCUCAGUAUUUCGCUGCUACUUGUGUUUUUUGCCUGCCACGCGCGCGUUUCUUCAGCUGCAACGCAGUCAGUGUGCCUGCUGCAGGAUGCGCCGCAACAGUGUGGCGAGUUUUGCCUCACAGUACUGAGCCCCAUGCUGGAUCAUAUUGCCAGGCACCAGGACGAGUGGACCUCUAGUAUUCUGCAAGCUAACGAAACGGAGGCGAGACUGGGCAGGAUCGAGGCUCUGCAGACGGCGAUGCACUACAGGCAGAAGGUCCUGCAGGAGGGCUUGGCGAAGGACAUUGGGUCCAGGCUGGACAGGCUGGAAAGUCAGCAGGCGGCGCUGUUGCGGAUACUCACCAAGUUCAAUAGGAAAAUAGUUCCGCCUAAGUUCGAGCUGAUCGGUUCGAGGUACUUCUACAUCGAGGACGAAACGCGAAGGAACUGGACCUCGGCGGGCAGCUGCUGUCUGCAGAUGGGCGCUCAACUGGCCAUCAUUCGCAGUGCGGAGGAGCUGGCUUCCCUCAAGGCCAAGCUAAACAAGGAGCGACACUACUGGCUGGGCAUCACCGAUCUGGCGAGGGAGGGGGACUUCAGGUCCUCAGCCUCAGGCAAGAGGCCCAACUUCUUCAAGUGGAGAGCGGGUCAGCCCAAUAACUUCAGCGGCAAUCAGCACUGCGUCGAUCUGUUAGACGGACUCAUGUACGACAAUAAAUGUGAAGGAUUAAGCUACUUUGUUUGCCAGUCGGACGAUGAUAGCUUGGACUAAAGGUCGCGGCUAUGUACUUUGUACUACACACUAAAUGCAACCACUGGCCAAGUCCAAGUAUCUGAUCAUUUUCUUCAAAUCCCUCAGCUGCAUUCAUACUCGGUAAAUGGUACGCAAUCUAGGAACAUAAUAGAGCUUUGAUUUAGCUUCUGGUUGAGGCUCCCUGAACUCACAGCUGAUAAACGAAAACGAAUGCCGGAGUCUGGGACAACUUUGCUUACGUAUUUUGUUUUACAACAUGUUUGUGUUUGCCCCUGAUAUCCCACAUCCAUCCAGAUAGAAGCGUGCUAAAUAUAAAAGUAUCUUAUAA